AUGAGACAGCUGCCAACAGGAACGCCCUUGAGACUACCCACCGUACAGACCACAUUUGCCCCCGAGUCUGACAAGGAUCGAAACGUACGCGUUGAGAGACAAGCUGCCGUCAAAGAUGCCUUCCUUCGCUGCUGGAACUCGUACCGCACCAAGGCAUGGAUGAGUGACGAGCUAGAACCAGUUAACGGUGGCCGGAAGGAUACAUUUGGAGGAUGGGGGGCAACCUUGGUCGACAGCCUCGACACCCUAUGGAUCAUGGGCCUGAAGGAUCAGUUUCACGAAGCCGUUGCUGCCGCUGCCAACAUCAGCUUCGAGUCCACCUCCCGAUCCGAAAUCAACGUCUUCGAGACCAAUAUCCGGUACCUCGGCGGCUUCCUCGCAGCAUACGACCUUAGCCGAGACAAGAGGUUGCUGGAAAAGGCCAAGGAAGUGGGCGAUGUCCUAUACCUGGCCUUUGACACUCCCAACAGAAUGCCCCAGACGAGGUGGAACUUCCAUGACGCCGCCCGUGGAGAACGUCAGGUUGCUCAUGAUGCUGUCCUCCUUGCCGAGAUUGGGUCCUUCUCUCUCGAGUUCAUUCGUCUCUCCAUGUUGACGGGCGAUCCCAAGUGGUUUGAUGCUGUGCAGAAUAUCAUGGAGGCUCUCCAGAAACAACAGCAAAAGACACGUCUUCCCGGCAUGUGGCCUGUCGUAGUCGAUGCAAGACGGCAGGACUUUGGCAGGCACAACCAAUACACGCUAGGUGCGAUGGCCGACUCCCUCUACGAAUACCUACCCAAAACUCACGCCCUUGUCGGCGGCUUGCUUCCCAUGUACGCCGACAUGUACAAGGCAUCCAUGGAUACCGCCAUUCGCUACAACCUGUUCCGUCCUAUGAUACCUGAUCAGAAAGACAUCCUGAUGACAGGCAUGGUUCUUGUCGGGUCAGAAAAUGGAAAGAGAGUGACACGGUUGCGCCCAGAGGGCCAACAUCUAGCUUGUUUUACUGGCGGCAUGCUUGCCCUUGGAGGUAAACUCGUCCAGAAUGGCACUCAUGUGCAUAAGGGGGAGAAGCUCAUGGACGGGUGCGUUUGGGUGUACAAAUCCAUGCCCUUGGGCAUAAUGCCUGAAGUCUUCCACGUGCUACCCUGUGACUCGAUUGACCACUGUCCAUGGGACGAAGAAAAGUGGAAACUGGCCGUCGUUGAAGCGGCUGGUUGGGGACUGUCCGACAACAAAGAGGGGGAUUUGCAUAACGCGGACAGAAUCAUUAACCACAAAAGGUUACCUAAAGGCUUCCUGUCGAUCCCAGACACCCGCUAUAUCCUUCGCCCUGAAGCUAUCGAGAGCGUCUUUCUCCUUUACCGCAUCACGGGUCGCCGCGACCUUCCGGACUCAGCCUGGGCCAUGUUCCAGGCCAUUGAUUCCAACACGAGGACCGAAUUGGCUAACUCAGCCCUGCUCGACGUUACCGUCAAGCAGGGGAAAGCGCCCAUGAGCCAUUCCAUGGAGAGCUUCUGGCUUGGAGAGACGCUCAAGUACUUCUACCUCAUGUUCAGCGAGCCGGAUCUUGUCAACCUCGAUGAAUACGUCUUCAACACAGAAGCGCAUCCAUUCAAACGCCUCGUUCCUCGAUAG